CGGCAAAGGCUCUGUGCUUCUGGGCGGAGAGCGAGCGAGCGAGAGCGGGGUGUGACUGAGGAGGCUGCCGCUGAGCCUUGGGGGGGUGGGGGAGGACGAGACACAUUCGCACCGCCAACUCGGGGACGAGGCCGGGCCUGCGCCUGCAGUACGCAGCACAACCCAGGAAACCAUGGAGCUCGAGAAUAUCGUGGCCAACACCGUGCUGCUCAAGGCGAGGGAAGGAGGUGGGGGGAAGAGAAAAGGCAAGAGUAAAAAAUGGAAACAGAUGCUGCAGUUUCCCCAUGUCAGUCUGUGUGAGGAGCUGCGACAGACCAUAGAGAAAGACUAUCACAACCUCUGUGAGAAGCAGCCCAUCGGACGCCUGCUGUUCCGGCAGUUCUGCGACACGAGGCCAGAGCUUGCACGCUGCAUCAGAUUCCUGGACGCUGUGGCCGAAUAUGAGGUCACACCAGAUGAGAAGAGAAAAGAAUGUGGGCAGCAGCUAAUAGACAAGCACCUGAACCCCAGGUCGGAGGAGCAUGUUCCCGAGAUCCCAGAGGAGCUGGUGUGCAGCUGUACUGAGAGGUUGGAGCAGGAGGCCUGCAAGGAGCUCUUCAAGGAGUGCAACAAAUUGAUCCAUGGCUAUCUCAGCGUGGCUCCCUUUGCGGAUUACCUUGACAGCAUGCACUUCAACAGGUUUCUGCAAUGGAAGUGGCUCGAGAGGCAGCCUGUGACAAAGUACACGUUCCGGCAGUACCGAGUGUUGGGGAAGGGAGGCUUCGGAGAGGUUUGUGCGUGCCAGGUGCGAGCGACAGGGAAGAUGUAUGCCUGCAAGAAGCUGGAAAAGAAGAGAAUCAAAAAGAGGAAAGGGGAGUCCAUGGCGCUCAACGAGAAACAGAUCUUGGAAAAAGUGAACAGUAGGUUUGUAGUGAGUUUGGCCUAUGCCUACGAGACUAAAGACGCCCUGUGCCUUGUCCUUACACUCAUGAAUGGGGGAGAUUUGAAGUUCCAUAUCUACCACAUGGGGCAGGCAGGCUUUGAUGAGAAGAGAGCUGUGUUCUAUGCAGCAGAGCUGUGCUGUGGGCUGGAGGAUCUGCACCGGGAGAAGAUUGUGUACAGAGAUCUGAAGCCAGAAAAUAUUCUAUUAGAUGACCACGGUCAUAUCCGCAUCUCUGAUUUGGGGCUAGCUGUUCAUGUGCCAGAGGGGCAAACAAUCAAAGGCAGAGUUGGGACAGUGGGAUACAUGGCCCCGGAGGUGGUGAAAAACGAACGCUACACCUUCAGCCCUGACUGGUGGGCUCUGGGCUGCUUGAUCUAUGAGAUGAUCGAGGGCCAGUCCCCCUUCCAGCAGCGCAAGAAGAAGAUAAAUCGCGAGGAGGUGGAGCGGCUAGUGAAGGAGGUCCAGGAGGAGUACUCCAGCAAGUUCUCUGAGGAAGCCAAGUCCCUCUGUAGGAUGCUGCUGGAGAAGGACCCGAUCCAGAGGCUUGGCUGCCGGGGCGGUGGUGCUGCAGAAGUGAAGGUGCACCCACUCUUCAAGUCCAUCAAUUUCAAGAGGCUGGAGGCAGGGAUGCUGGAGCCCCCCUUUAUUCCUGACCCCCAGGCUAUCUACUGCAAGGACGUGUUGGACAUUGAGCAGUUCUCCACUGUGAAGGGGGUGGAGCUGGAGCCCGCGGACAACGACUUCUACAGCAAGGUCUCUACCGGCAGCAUCUCCAUCCCCUGGCAGAAUGAGAUGAUUGAUAUGGAGUGUUAUAAAGAGCUCAACGUGUUCCAUCCAGACGGGACCGUGCCACCAGAUCUGGACUGGAAGGGCCAGCCCUCCCCUGAGCCCAAACAGGGGCUGCUGCAGCGACUGUUUGGGAGGCAGUGCCUUGAACGUAACUACCUGAACCCAACAGCAGUGGGCAUCGGUCUGAAAAGCUGGACACGAGUUCUGCCAAAUGGAGGACUUUUGUCGUUGUUGGGGUAUCUUGUGAAGCCUUAUUAUUUGACAGCAGCGAUCUGACUCAUUCAUAUUUAGAUUUUUUUUUUUUUUUUUAAAUGUACCCGUACUACCUUUUCAGUAAAGGUACUUUAUUGAGCUGUUAUAAUCCCUUAAAUUAAGCAUUCACGUACAGUAUACUGUGUGCCCCUUAAUAACUAAGCUCUUCACAACAUUAGCUGUUACAGCCCUUAAUUGUCCCUAUCGCAUGAUAAAAUAAAAUAAAAUCUAGUUGUGUGUUAUAAGCAGUUUACUUGUGAUGGUGGUGGUCUCUUUUCAAGGUGCCUUUUUAACUGUAUGCCCGUGUGCUUUAAAGUAUUGUGUCAAGUAAAAUGCAUAAGAAAGGGACUUGACAGCUGAAGAAAAUCUAUUUAAGAAAGUCUACGUCCUGCUACAUACAAGUCAGCUCUGUCUGAUGUGGUUUUAUUUGUGGUUUUAUAAGAGACUUGCUUAGGAGGAUCACACUGCCUCAUCUUAAUUAUCUAUCUUAAAAAUACAUUCCAGUCUUCUAAAGUACUGUACAGUGUAAAAUUGUGAUGUUUUUGUUUAUUUAGCAAUAAUCUGGAUACCAACACACUGUAAACUAGAGCAAGACUGAAUUUGAAUUUCCAUGUGUACCGCAUUCUGAGCCUGGCUUCGACACACUGUGAACAGGAGGGAGGAGUUCAUAAUUAAGUCAGUGUUAUAUCAUUUCGCUUAUAAACAUUUAAACAAACCGCUGUUUAUUGAGCUGAGGAAGAGGACCUCUUUUUAGCACGGAUGCAGAAUAUGGGUUGAGAUGAGGCUCACAGGGUUGUUUUGAGUUUGCCUCUACCGGUGAUGCUAGCUGGAUCAUUGUUGUGUUGUCUGUGCAGACUGAAAAGAGGAUGAUUAGCUCUCUGAACAGACAGACAGACGGACGAUUCCCACACUUCUACAGUGUCCAUAUGCUGAAUUUAGAAUGGUUUGGUGGAGGCAUCUGUUUGCAGUACAACAGCACUUCUCACCUCUCCAUUAUAAAACCUGCAAGACUGGUUCAGCACUGCUAAAGAAGUCUGAGGCGCUUGGACCAAGUGGUUAACUCCAUGUACAGCCGAGGGGUUGUGUGUUCUCACCCCAGCAGAAUACCUAGGAGUCUGAACAGAUACCUCAGAGUUUCUACCAGCUCAUACUAUUGGGGGUGCCCUUUUAUUCGGGCUUCAAUUGCUGAUUUGCAUCUUGGGGGAAUCUUUCAAAUUCAGUACCAUACCUCAUCUAAAUCGCUUUCUUUUUUUUUUUCUGCCCUCCCAUAUUGAAAACCAGAGCAGUGGUUUCAGCUCUAAUCGGUGCUUCCUCGGUUCCAGUUGCACAGUGUGAACGUGUGUGUCUGAUUCUACAGACUUUUGAUGCGUUUUUACUGAUGUUUCCCGAAUACACUGCACUUGGUUCAGCAUAUCACAAUUUAAGAGCAUUUUGAAUCGCCAAAAGCAAUUGCAUCUCUCCCCAAUUGCAGUGCAAGGCAGUCAGAGCUUUGGUGGCAGUCGCAGGCUGGGGCGUGGUUUGAGGCUGCAGUUUUUGUGACCCUGUAUGUAAUGUUCUCUGUGCGAAAGCGGCAUUAAACUCGUGAAGGGAUUGCAUCAUCUUGUACGUUUUCAGCUGAAUUACUGUUGACAUUGCCCUUGUGCUGUGCUUUCUUUUUUAAAGCCCAGUGCAGACUGUGAUAGCGCAUACAGCCCCCUUCUUGGUGCUUCAGGUUCUCUCCCUGCUUGAUCCAGUCCUGCUUGAUUAAUUGAGUACAAAAGAAGCAUGAAGCAACAUGUAAAAAAAUAAGUACAAAAUUGGAGAAAAAUCAGCUGAAAAAUAUAACCCCACUCCUCAAAAUAUUAUGCAGCCGCACAAACAUUACUAUCGGCAAAUUCAUUUUACUACUACCUCCUGUUUUUAAAUGCUUUUCUUCUAGUCAUGCAGAGCGGGUGUCUCCAUAGACGUAGGAAGCUGUCAUUUUAAGAUUGCAUGGAAUGAGACUUCAAUAUCAGAUUGCUGACAAACUCAAGAUUCUUAGAAGUAAUCCAACUUCUGCGUAUUGAGGGGGGCUCAACACCCCAAACCUGCUGGGCUUGACAGAGGUCUGAUAUUGAUGUUGUAUCAGUGUAACAUCGUUUUCAUGGCAUGCCCCACAUGUGAAAAUGAAGCAGACCUGGCUACAUGCAUUGAUAUACUACAAAACUGGCCCUGUUGUUGCCAGCGGGUGUCUUUAAGAAGUUGGGAGAACCCUUGAAGAUUCCUAUGAUGUGUUAAUUGUUUUAAGAAAAUUCAGAUUUUUGUAAAGAAAGUCCCAGUGUAUUCCAGUCCUCUCAGCGUAGUGGCCAAAGACCCAAUAGUGGAACUGGAAUCUCUGUGCCAUAGUGAAUAACAGCUGGGUGAAAUCUUUUGAGUGUCAAUACAAAAACAGCUUCUCUGGUUAUCUGUAGUUAGGUAUGUGUUUAAAUAAUAUUAUAUAUGUAAUGACGUCUAAAUCUGUUAUUCGCUAACUUAUGUAUGACUGAAUCUUCUAAUGCUGGGCUCCUUGUUUUGCUUAUCAUUAAAAUGUUCCAGUAUCCUGAGAAUACCUGGGCUGUAAGCGGCAACAUACUGUACAAAUGCAAAAGAGCUGCUAGUUUGAGUAUGGGGGAUGUAGAGGUUCUAGUGUUUUCUAUAGGGGUGUCAUACUGUAGCUUUUUAAUGCAAUUUUUCAAAUGCAUUUCUUGAGUAUGCAACCACUGGAGUGGCCUCCCUUCCAUGCUGUUCUGAGACGAGUGCCUGUCAUUACUGUAUCUCACACGAUCUGAGGAAUUCUAUGUGCCUGUCAUUACUGUAUCUCACACGAUCUGAGGAAUUCUAUGUGCCUGUCAUUACUGUAUCUCACACGAUCUGAGGAAUUCUAUGUGCCUGUCAUUACUGUAUCUCACACGAUCUGAGGAAUUCUAUGUGCCUGUCAUUACUCUGUCUCUUCAAGUUACCUACAUGGCGUCUUCUUUGGCCCAUAUCAUUCUUUUCAACACGUGCCUGUUACAUUUUUUUUUUGUUUAACUUGGCCAAACAUGCUGGCAUUAGCACUGUACUUAAAUAAUAACCAAUAAAAAAGUCUCUUUCUAA